CUCUUGGUUCCAAAAAAAAAAAACUCUCUUUCUUCUCGUCUCCGUCUGUUUGUUCUUCAGAGAAAUGGCGUCAUCCCCUUCUUUAACCUAACUCGAUGCCUAAAAACUCUACUAUAGCUAUCUCAAUCCCAUACCCUCCUCCAUCUAAGCAAAAUCAUUCCCAUGACAAUCUUAAUUACGGAUAUUGUUUUUCAGACGGCCAUUCCGAUGUCAAUCUCUUCUCCUUCCAUCUCAAUCUCAAAUGCCCUGAAGAUUUAUCGUGGUCUACAGUUGUGAGGUACAAAGUAAUGCAACAGAAAGAGGAUGAAGGAAGGGCUGAUUGUAAGAAGUAGAGACGACGAAGAAGAUAAGGCAGCUGCUAGGUUAAGCAGCUGCAGAAGAACGAAAUGGG